CUUGACAUAUAUGCAGCAGCAGAGCAGACAUGCGUGCGCGUGCGCGUGCGCGUGCGCGCGCACACCCGAGGUGCUGAUUCAGCAGACCAACUCUAUUUCAGCGGCGAAGCUAGAGGAGGGCCUUGCUUGGCAACCAGCGCGACGAUAGACCAGUCCGUAGACAUCACAGAACGGGUGAAACAUGACCGUCCGCACCCUGUGGAGAAGGACUGCCUUUUUCAGCUGUUUCCUGAUGGUCGUUGGGAUCGUUGAAUACGUGGCGGUGGUGCAGUUGCACGGGUCCCUGCAGGUCGGGGAGAGGGAGGAAGAGCGGUUGCUGGCAGGCGGGCGGUCUUUCACGUUGCUCGAGAGAGAAUCGGAGCGGCUGCAAGAGGCACCGAUGCAGGUCGCCGGGGAUUGGAGAGGUCGGAGGCGAGGAGGGAGCGAGAGAGUUCACGGUGGAGGGGAAGUAGCCAGUGAGAACUUGGACCCGCCAGAGGUGAGGUUAGCUCGAGAACUGCACGACCUACGAGUGGACCGCCUCAGAAACUUUGACCAGAGGCCGGGCUCCUUUCUUUCAGACCAGUGGAAGAGAAACUUUGACACCAGUAGAAAGAGCCAGCUACUAGCUGAUCAACAACAACUCAAACACAAACUGGGAGCUGGGAGCCACAACCAGAGAUACUCAGAGAUGCUAAAUCUCUCUCGUCUAGUUGACGAAAUCUUGUCUCCAGAAGGGAAAGGACACAAAGCCCUCAGACAGUUCUUUGAAGAGAACGAGGGAGACAGACUCAAAGAAAAGCUGGACAAACUCUACGAUAUUUACACAGCAAAAGGACAGAAAGGUUCAACAACAAAAGAUGCAGUCACAAGUGAUAGAAACUAUGAAGAUGACUACACAGACCUGAAGGACUCAGAAGAAGAAGAAGAAGAAGAAGAGGAAGGGGAGAGAAAGAGAGUUUUUGAUCCACAGGAUUUUAUCGUGAGUGUUGGAGCCGACGGGCUGCUGAAUGUCUCACGUAAGCCCCUCCCACCUGAAGUACUGGUGGAGAACACGACUUCCCCACCCAUAAACAUGAUGUCAUCCGAGAAGGCUGGACUGAAUAUCCUGCUCACCAUCAGGACAACAGUGAGUAACCACAGAAAGAGGCUGCCUCUACUGUUUGACACGUGGCUCACCAAGGUCAACACCAGUCAGGUGUUCCUGGUCACCGAUGGAGAUGAUCCCUUCACUAGACUCUGGACCAGCGUCAAAGGUGUGGCACGUUUGAGGAUCGCAGUAGGCUUCUGGGGUAUUACUGAGCCCAUGCACGUGUGACUUGACUAUUUGUAAGGAAUACACUACGUUGACGCCAAGUGUGGCAGCAGCUACUCUCGAGAGCAUCUAUGCUGCAAGGCUGGCGUGGAGUUGGCCCUCCUGUUUCAAAAAGAGAACACAGCGUUUGACUGGCUGUGUCCACGUGGACGACGACAUGUAUGUCAAUAUGAGGAACCUGGUGCCACUGUUGUCCCGUUUUGACCCCAAGACUGAGCCCAUAUAUCUUGGAAGGUCGGGGUCCAUGUGGGGUUCUCCGAGGAGAGUCAAGAAGAAGGCGGGGCUGAGUCUACCGGGAAUGAAGUACCACUUUGCAGUGGGUGGCAUGUACUGUCUCAGUAGAGCCAUGCUACACAAGACCAUGAAGUGGAUCGUAGGUGGAGAGGCCUUCUCAAAGUCGUGCUCACUCACCAGAGAACCUGAGGAUGUCACUGUCGGCUUCAUUGUCGCGAUGCUGAACUACAGUCUGAGUAGGACGGAGAGAAUCAACACACACGGUCUUCACCUGGCCAGUACUGUUGAUCCCAGCACUCUUAAUGAACAGGUAGCAAUCUCAUAUGGUUAUGGCUCGGUGCACUGGGGAGAGGACCCAUACAAUGCUGUGUUUGUACCUGAUGGCCUCUUCUCUCUGGAAGAAGAUGAAUCACAGUUUCGGAGUCUGCAUUGUCUGCUGUAUCCCACCAUCUCGUGGUGUGUCCGUCAGCAUAACCAACUGCAACAGCUGCGGAGCCACUUCUACGACAACUUCAACUAUGACGACAAUUAGGACUGGUAACCACUUCAAGAAGCUCUCGCCACCGAUUUAGGACUUCCCUCCGUCUUUUCAUGGCAGUCACAUACGUAAUUACUCCGUCACCUCACACGUUUCUUUUAUACCCACCACCAUUAGGUAUAUAACUCUCCCCAAUAGAUGGUCAUUUAUACCAACUUCAUAAUAAUAAUAUUACUCUGCAGUCACUUACAGUGUCACCAGCUUCAGUAUAUACUCUAUCACGUUGCUGCCUAUAUAUAUACAUAAUUGUGCAGCACAGACAGUGUUAGUGGUCC